GUCUAGUGGCCAUUUAGACAAACAACUCUGACAGUGCGAUCAGUGCUGGCUCAACGCGCAGCAGUACUCUGUAUGGCUGAGACAGACAGAGGGCUUUGGAAUGAGAGAGGCCCUUCUGAAGAAAGAGUUAGAGAUAUAGAGAGCUAUGCUGGGUUCACUAGCAGUCUGUUGGAUCCAGCUGGAUUUGGGUUUGGAUGUGGAUUUGAAGAGACAAAAGGUGGAUCUACACACAAACAUGUUUAAAAGAUGGAUGCAUGCGCUCUGCUGGUAGAUCUUGGCUGUCUCCGAUGAGGUCUCUCUCUUGCUCCAGAAAAACCCUGAUUGGUCCAUAACAGUGAGCAGGAAGUGUUGACCCUGUCCUUCCUCCAGCUGGGCACUAUGGGAUCAUCCACACUGGGGAAGGCAGCAUCUCUGGAUGCUCUCUUAAAUGAAUGCAUUCAUGCAUUUGAUGACAGUGGGGAGCUGCAGGCCAACUUGCUCCCUCGCAGCCUGCUGCUGAUGCAUCGCUGGUACAUCACAUCCUCAGAACUGGCGGGAAAACUACUGAUGAUGUACCGUGACUGCAAAGGUGAGAACUGCCAGAGAACCAGACUGAAGAUUUGUUAUUUAAUGAGGUACUGGAUUGUGACAUUUCCUGCAGAGUUCAACCUGGACCUGGGUCUGAUCCGGAUGACAGAGGAGUUCAGAGAUGUGGCUGCUCAGCUCGGCUGUGACGAGCAUUUCAAGCUCCUCGACAUCUCCACCAUUCCAUCAUAUGACUGGAUGCGUAAGUUGACCCAGCGUAAGAAGCAGGCAAAGAAAGGCAAGGCAUCACUGCUGUUUGACCACCUGGAGCCCAUGGAGCUGGCUGAGCAUCUCACCUUUCUGGAAUUCAAGUCUAUACGGAGGAUAUCGUUUACUGAUUACCAGAGCUACGUUAUCCACGGCUGCCUGGUGGACAACCCAACUCUGGAGCGCUCCAUCGCUCUGUUCAAUGGAGUGUCACAGUGGGUCCAGCUCAUGGUGCUCAGCAAGCUAACACCUCAGACACGUGCAGAGGUUAUUACCAAAUACAUCCAUGUUUCUCAGAAACUUCUGCAGCUGCAGAACUUCAACACUCUGAUGGCAGUGGUGGGGGGGCUGAGCCACAGCUCCAUUUCCCGACUAAAGGAGACUCACACUUAUCUGGCUCCAGAAGUUGUGAAGAUCUGGAGUGAAAUGACAGAGCUGGUCUCUUCCAACAACAACUACUCCUGUUACCGAAAGGCCUUCAAUGAAUGCCAGGGCUUUAAAAUCCCCAUCCUGGGUGUGCACCUUAAGGACCUGAUCGCAGUGCAUGUCGUAUUUUCUGACUGGGUUCAUGACAGUAAGAAGAUGAACCUGGUGAAGAUGCAUCAGCUCUACAUCACCUUCAAUGAGUUGGUGUCACUGCAGAGUAUAGUGGCCCAGGUGGAGCCCAACAUGGACCUCAUCUACCUGUUAACGCUUUCUUUAGACCUUUACUACACCGAAGAUGAGAUUUAUGAGCUGUCAUUGCUAAGGGAACCACGUAACCCCAAAUCAUUGCCCACCUCUCCAACGACUCCCAACAAGCUCCUGGUCCCACUGGACUGGGCCUCCGGGGUCACCACCAAACCAGACCCUUGUGUGGUUAAUAAACACAUCAGGAAGGUGGUGGAUUCUGUGUUCAGGAAUUAUGACCAUGACCAUGAUGGCUAUAUUUCUCAAGAGGACUUUGAGAGCAUUGCUGCUAAUUUUCCCUUCCUGGACUCCUUCUGCGUUUUGGACAAAGAUCAAGAUGGAUUGAUCAGUAAGGAUGAGAUGAUAGCAUAUUUCCUCCGGGCCAACCCACUGCUCCAGUGUAAGAUGGGUCCAGGUUUCAUCCACAGCUUCCAGGAGAUGACGUACUUGAAGCCCACCUUCUGUGAACACUGUGCUGGAUUUCUCUGGGGAAUCAUCAAACAGGGCUACAAGUGCAAAGACUGUGGUGUUAACUGUCAUAAACAGUGUCGGGAGCUGCUGGUUCUGGCCUGUAGGAAGCUGAUCCGCUCCAGCUCUCUGAGUAGCGUUUCACCAGCCAGACUGACCCACAGCUCACUGCCCAGCAGCCCGGCAGUGCCCACCUGUGGAGAUGAGGAUGAGGUGUUUGCAUUCCAAGUGGUCACAUCAACAGGUCCAGCACUGGACUCUCAGUCCAUCACCCUGAUGACUGGGUCAGCUCAGAGGAUCUCUGUGCGCCUGCAGAGGGCUACCACCAGCCAGGCCACCCAGACCGAUCCCCUGUGGCCCGAACACAACUGGGGGGCCACAGAUGGCGGCUCACACACCUUCCCCAAAAUGAAAUACAGGACUCACAGGAAAACAUCCAAAAGUAAAGGUUUUGCCUGCUGGGAAAACCAGAAGGAGCAGACAGUUUCUGCUUGGUGCAGCAUGGACUCUCGGGAGAAGUCCGCUGUCUCAGGAGAACUUGUACGCAACGGGAUUACACACAGAGGGAAGCACUUUACAGCAGCCAGCAGGUAUUCAAAGUGCUUUACAUCAAGAAUCUACGGUGGCCGACAGGGGCAAACGCCCUGCAACUUCAGAAAACAAAAGUCCAGCUGUUCAACUCAGCUGCUCCCUCUAGAGGACAGCUGACUUGAUCACUUUGGUGAGGGCCAGUCCCUGGAGUCCAGAAAGCCCUUAGGGGCUGGGACCAGGAAGCUCUUCUGUCUGGCGGACGUUCUGGGCUGCCUGAGGUCCAACUUCAGUGACCUGGAGUUAUCUUGUCCUCUCUAGUCGCCAGCACAAGCAGAGCUACAUGUGGAUGCCGUGUAGCUGCAUGAAAGGACUAAAUGUGUGAUCUCUGGUAGAGAUCACAAAAAUGAAACAGAUGAGCUCAGUGGAUAACCCACUGUUAAUUACAUGAAGAGACCUCCACCUUGGCAGCAUAAUUAGCUUGGGAUCAGUGUGGAUUACUAAAAUGUAAUUUACUUCUGAGUUUGAUUUGGGAUGUACAUAACAUCAGCACUUGAAAAAGUGAAGAAACAUUUUUUAAACUUCACAAUAGUGUGGAAUAGAUUCAGUUUAGUGGAUCAAAGACAUUUUUGUAUGAUAGCUUUUUAAUUCCAGAUUGGGUGCAGCAAGCAAGUUCUUGAUGGUCAUUUCCCAAGUUGGAAUGAUCGGAAAAAGCAUGAUGGAUAUGGGAGAGUGUGUAUAUAUGUGUAUGGUGAGUUAAAUAAAGGGAAAGUCUAAAUGAAAUUGAAUUUUAAGGGCAUCCAACCCAUCCAACGUAUACAACUUUGAAGAUUGACGGUUCUGAAAACUUUGGAUUCUGUUAAAUGAUGUUCCUGAGUGUUCAUUACUAAUGUUUUUAAUGUAUUGCCUCUCUCUCCUCUGUUGUCCUCCUGCUGAACCUUUCAUCAGCCUUUGACACGGUAAACCACCAGAUCCUCCUCUCCAUCCUCCAAGAACUGGGAGUCUCAGACUCGGCACUCUCCCUGUUCCAUCCUACCUCAAAGGCCGAAUUUAUAGGGUGGCUGACAUCUCUCAGUGGAUGUUGACACACCACCUGAAGCUCAAUCUGGACAAGGCUGAGCUGCUCUUUCUUCCAGGGAAGGCAUCUCCCAUCCACAACCUCUCCAUUAACAUGGAGAACUCUGUGGUGUCUGCGGCUCGGACUGCAAGGAACCUGGGUGGGACACUGUUUGACUAGCUGUCCUUUGCAGCCAAUAUUGCUGUGAUAACCCGCAGCUGCAUAUGCUCACAACAUCAGGAGGAUAGGUCCGUUCCUCACCUAGAAAGCGACACAGGUUCUGGAUCAGGCUGUUAACAUCUUGUUGUCAAGACUACUGUAACCCCCUCCUGGCUGCUCUACCAGCAAGUGCCAACCAACCUCUGCAGCUUCUCCAGAAUGCAGCAGCCCGGCUGGCUUUCACCCUACCCAACUUCACUUCACUUUCAUGAAUUUUAUCUACUUGCAUGAUUCUUGCAAUUUCUGGGUGGCAUCUUCAUGGGUGAAUGCGCUUACUGUAAGUUGCUUUGGAUAAAAGCAUGAACUAUAUGAAUGUAAUGUAAUGUAAUUAAUACAACAUCUAUACCUGACAACUACACAGUGUGGUAAACUCUCCCAUUGCCUUAAAGGUAAAAAAAAAUACUCAUUCAUGAGCAGAUAUAAUUGUCUGAAAAUAACAAAUUCAACAUAAAAUUUGAUGACUCCCUUGCCUGACAGAAAAAUCUAAUGUUUAAAUAAAAAAUGUCAUUGUA